AUGGCACUGACUCCAGGCUCCACCAGAUGCCCACAAUACUUGCAGUUCGCGGUCGAUCUCGCUGACGACGCCCUGUCAUGCUUUGAUUGGGCUCUGCGUGGCUCGUCCUCCUGUAAUUUCGCUCGCAAGCUUAGCCCCGCCUAUGGAGUCGAGACUUCUGGUAUGGGUACUGAGUACAGUGCAAAUAUGCAAAUAUUGAAUGCGGUGCAUCUGUGA